AUGAAUGAAGCGCAGGUGAAUGACAUGAUCCAGCGAUGGAGAACCACUCCUGAUGACGACCUGAAGCCAGAGGACUACAAACAGUUCCAGAGAAUUGGAUCGGCCUGUAUCUCUCAGGGUGAAACUGCACAGCUUCUUAAAUUUAUUCAGGAUGACAACAAUAAGGGGAUUGUGAAGUCUAUGGGCUGCACUCUUUUGUCCCCUCUGCUCUGUCAAAUACUCAACAAAGAAAAAAACUACAACCAUUGUCAAACUGCAUUCGCCUAUCUGACCGAGACCUGCUGUUCAAAGAGGGCAUUCCGCAGUCUGUUGGAGCUGAUUAAAGACACUAAUCCAGGGGUCAUUUCUGAAACCACCGUCAUUCUUACUCCACAUCUGCAAACAGUUGUACUCAGACUGAAUGCAGAUCAGGCAGUUUGUGUGGGGCAGUCCCUGUCCUCCCUGCAUUCCCAGCUGUCCCGUCUGCCUGUGCCCUACACUUCAGAGCAGGAGGACCUGUACGGCCUGGGACGCUGCCUCUUCGCUCUAACCGCGUUUAUCAGACCCUUUGUGGAGAAAGUGAAACUAAACAGCAGCAAAUGGGUCACGGCCAAAGAAGACGAGGAGCUCAGAGUGGAAUUACUCAAGUUCUGCAUGAGGAGCCUGCGGGAGCCAUUACUUGAAGCUCAUUUGUGCAGGAACAGCACAUCUCCACUUUGGAUGUUUGCUAAUGAUAUAAUGAUGACACUUUGUGAAGUCCAGGGGCCGCUUCCAGACAUUUUAUUUUUUAACUCUUUGAGGAAACACAUCUCAGACAAUGAUCAGUCUGUAGAGUCCAGAGCAUGUGUGGCCUACCUGCUCUUUGUCCAACAGAUCACAACAGACAGCUUUCCAGCAGUAUUUAGCCCUGUAUUUAUUCUACAGUGCAACAUGCAGUACAUUGACCAAAUGCUCAAUAGCAAAAAAGAAUCCCACUUACUCAAAGGACUGGCCCUGUACAAAAUCAGUUUAGAGACUAUUGAGAAUCGCAGUCUGUCUGUGAAACUACUAGAACUCAGCACUUUCUGCAGUGUUUCACAGAAACUUUGUUAUAUUCUUCGAGAGUGCCCAAUUAAACAUUUGAAAGAAUCUGGGUUCCAAAUUUUACAGAUGUUCAUUGACAAAUUAGACGCUGAAGCCAGGCAUAAGUUCUUCAGAUGCAUGUUGAAAACCAGCAACCACUCAGGCAUAGAGGGCUUCAUAGUGAAAAACAUCAGGAAUGAGGUGGAAUUCUGCUUAAAGUAUGGAAACAAAAACAAAUGGUUUCUGGGACCUGAGCUUUCACUGCUGUUGGAGCUAGUGCUGUGUUUCCCUCAUGGUUCAGAAACAGAUUUGUUAAACAACAUGGACAAAAUCAUGGAGAGCCUCAAUCUUCUGCGUUAUCUUCUGCUUCGAGGCAAAGAGUUAACAAUCCAUACUGCAGUAUGGACAGAGCUAUGCAGAUUUAGAAAUGAGUAUGUUAAAAUGCUCCGAGUUUGUCUCACCUUAUCCAGAGCUUACUACUCCUCUCAACUCAAAUCACUGCAGGAGGACCGCAAGCUAAAGGCUCAAGAGGUCAGAGAUGCAGUUGGAGACAAAGUAUUACUUCAGAAAAUCAAAUUGAAACAGGAGAAAGUAUCCAGUCUGUCUCCAGAGGUCCAGUACCAGGUUUUACAGAGUGCCAUGGUAACCUUUGAUCUGAUGGAGAGCCUAAUUUUCCGCAUUGAGGAGAUUACAGAGGAAAGAAUAAAAACUUAAAGAUGCACUGUGUUUCUCAAGGAAGGUCUGUCACCUGCUUGUCCUCAUGGAGAUGUUACUGUUACGCCUGGAAUGUUUCACAGUUUGGCAUUAAAUUGAUCUAUUUCCAUGGAGACAAGCAUGUGACACCAUGAGGCAUGUUAUAGGUCAGAUUUGUGGAGA